UGCUGCAGAGGAUUCGUGCUGCACCUCUGCACAGCACACUCACAUUCAUUCACACUCAUUCAAGCAAAUAGCACCAACGUGCACGCACCUCUGCAACCACAAGACCAAGCAACCCACCGCCUUAAGAACCUGUCGCAUUGGGGGGGGGGGGGAUAAGUCAUCAAGACACAAAACGGAUAUAGCAGUGCUCCAGGACCAGCAGAGAACACUCGACUUUUGUUUUCUGCUCUAGUUUUUAAGGUUUUGGCGAGGUUGAUUUCUUGUUGCCAGGCAAAAAUACAAAGUCCGAGCAGCCAUGAGAUCGUGUCCCGUCUGUGGCGCAACGCUCCACUGCCACUUCUGACCUUCCGCUGAUCGAGCGAAGCCGAAGAUGUCAGUGUGUAGCGACUUUGCAGAACACGUGUGGAAACCCGGCUCCUGCAAGAACUGCUUCCACCAGCUCAGCGCACACAAAACCACAGGCCGCCCGGCCGGCGCCGCACCCGCCGCCACGUGUCCGAAGAGCGGAGGCGAUGACGACAACGCAGUGACGGCGUCUUCACCCUACAGCAAGCCCACCAUCGCCGUCAAGCCCACCAUGAUGAGUUUGGACACAGGCGACACCAUGGCUGAUGUCAACAUGAACAUAGAGCAGAAAAACACAAAGAGCCAAGUGGAGCGUUUGGGUCUGAAAAAGAUCCUGGAUCUCUCCUCGAUUUACAUCGACAGUAAAAAUUGCAGUAAGGGCCUUAGAGAUCCAACUCUUCAAAGUCCUGACAACAAGCCAGACUUUUGCUUUUCUUCUCUGUCCAAAGACUCCAUAAUCAUUAGCAACAUGUUGGUCACUCAAGAUGAAGUUAGAUGUCCUCUAAGUGUCAAUGAAGAGACCCGCAGGCAGCAGAAUAGUACCACCUCCCCAAGAGCCAAGAGCACUUCUAACCUCAGUAGUGCCAUACAGAGAGCAAAUUUUUUGCAAGAGAAUUCUACGGACAUCGGUCCGACCAGUCCGACCAAAUCGUAUAGCAAUGGCAUCAGGUAUAGCAGCACCGCUGUGCUAACUGCCAAGACGUCCAGCACUUUUGCCAGUUCCUUAACCACAGCCUUAUCUCUGGACACUCUAAACAAUAGUCAGCCGUCCAUCCACUAUCCUCCUGUCACGUCCAAACAAAACAGCCCAUUAGACUCCUCCUCCUCCUUCGGUAGCAGCACAGAUUCACUUCCUGUGACCGAGGCUUCUGUUGGGAGCCCGCAAGCUAACUCGACGCCCAGCUCCCCCAAUGGUCCAGACUCGGAGCCCAUUUAUGCAGAGAGCACCAAGAAAAAGCGCAGGCCACAGGGUAAGGGAGCGCAAACCCAACUGGGUUCACCAGACCAGGCUUAUAAUUCUGAACUGACAGAAGAAGGCCAGCGGGCAACCAUCAGUAUGAUGGCUACUCACACAGAGAAUAACAGGACCUUCUACCUGAGCAGUCCCGAUUCAGCCGUCAGCAUCAAGUGCCGCUUUAGCCCCACAGCACAAAAGGACCCGAGCAGCACUGCUUUCCGCUGGCCCAGCCCCAGCCGCAGUGUCCCCUCCUUGGUUACAGAAUCCAGCCUGGCUCCCUCGCUACAACCCAGACCACAAUCUAGCCCGCCCAUCCCACCAAAAAGGACCACCCGGUCACCCAAACUUGGCACCUCCAGCCUGUCACCAUCCAUCUCGUCACCGGUUCCACUUCCGGACCUUCCCAAACUGGGCACCUCCAGCCUCUCUCCGUCCUUAUCGUCUCCCGUUCCCCUCCCUGAACUCUCCAUGCUUUUCUUGGUCUCUGCCAAAGAGGGACACUUCAAGGUUCAGCCAGAAAACCACAGCCUGGGAGCAAGUGAGCGCUGGCACAAGCAACACCAUCACAACUCCGCCUGGAACUGUCGUAUUGAUGAGGAAGAAGAGGAGGAGGAGAGAGAGCGGAAAGAGGCUGAAAAGAAGACGCUGACUACUAAUCCCCGGACAACAUCUCGUGUGACAGGCCCGCUCAAUGGCGCUGCUGUUUGGAAGGAGUCCAGAGUCUGCAGCAAGGCUCCGAACAGCCCCCCUCCGAUGACAGAGCCAGGCACGGUUCCCCCGCCCCUGCCCAACAAUGGUGUCUGUCAGGGGUACAGCGAGGGUGUCGUCGCAGUGGAGGAGGCCAAGCAGAGGAGCAGGAGCAUGCCGGCCAAGCAACAUGAGAGCUCAACAGAGCAUCUGGCAGAAGGCAGGCAGGGAUCAACCACCCAUGAGACCAACCAAGCACCUCCACCGCCGCCACCCAAGAAGCAGCACAGAGUGUCCGCUCACUUGAGCGGCAGCAACAUGGAACUGAACCGCUCACUGGAGAAUUCCGCCGCAUCACCUCGAGACCUGGGCAGCAGCGCCGGCCUGCCGACUGCCUCCACCGACAGUCUGACUGCUGACUCGGGUUCUCGUGAUGGAUCACGGCUGUCCUGCUCCUCUCCGUUCCUGAGAAGUCCUGUCGCGUCAGCACCGGGUUCUCCUCGCCCUCCAACUUUUAGCACCACGGCCAACCAGCCGCCUCCACUGCCGGAGAAGAAGAUGGUCAACCGCACCGUGUCAGCCCCCGACAGCGCCACUUCCAAAGCCUUUGUCCGGGCCUAUCCACGCUUACCUUUCACCGGGUCUGAAAACAACGUGUGCAGACCCAACGACUCCAGCUGUCGGGCCAGUUUACCAUCUAGUCCAGUAGAUCCGAGACCCGUUUUCUCCUCAAAUGAGUAUCUGGAGCGCUGUCUCGCUCCACUCGGCCGACCCUCCAGAUCCCGAACUUUGGACGAGCCUUUUAAGAAUCACGGUCGUUUAGGUGUCCAUUCCCGAGGUAGCAUCACCUGCUCCUCCUCCCCCCAGCUAAGCGCCCCCUUUCCGGUCACCGAGAUGGGGGCGACACACAACCUGGGCUCCAGUUUGCAGCUGCAGACCCUCCUGAGUAACAUUGACAGCCGGGAGGGCGUGUACUCCAAGCUGGGUGGCCUGUACGCCGAGUCCCUGCGCCGCUUGGCUCUCAAAUGCGAGGAGCACUUCACAGGCUCGCAGAGAAACCGGCUGAGGUUCGAGGAGAGCAACUGGUCGUUGUUCAGGCUCACGUCCAACAAGCCCAGCUGCAACGCAGGUGACGCUGUCUACUAUUCGGCCGCCUGUGCUUCCGACCCCAGCAACUCCUACGCCGUGAAGAUCUGCAAGAGUCCGUCUGCGGAGGUCAAGCAGGGUCACCUGUACGGCCUGUCGGUGCAGCAAAGUAUGCCCCCGCACUUCAACCUCCAGCAGGACUGUGGCCACUUCCUGGCAUGCGUACCCCAGAGCAUGCUGCCCACCGACCAGGCAUUCGCAUCAGCAUCGCCUGCGUCCUCACCCAAGCCGCGCAGGCAGCAGGCGGAGUGCGAGCAGGUGGUGGUCAUCACGCCCGAGAUCCCCCGGCAGACGGCGGCUGACUUUGCUCGCGAGUUUGAGGCCUUCCACAAAAGCCAGCCGGAGGUUUACGAGCGGCGCGUCUGUUUCCUGCUGCUCCAGCUGUGCCACGGCCUGGAGCACCUGAAGGAACACGGCGUGACGCACCGCCACCUGUGCCUGGAGAACCUCCUCCUGGUUCCUCACCCUCCAAACCCGUCACCGUCUCCUCAGCAGACAGAGACGAGCGGCGCUUUCAGUCAGCGUCACCUCCCUCGACUCCUCAUCAGUAACUUCGCCAAAGCCAAACGUCGCUCUGUCGAGGACUCCGUGUCCGCCAGCGUGGACCCCCGUGUCAAGCGGGACCACGCUCGCCUGGCGCCCGAGAUCGUGUCCGCUGCCCAGUACCGCAAAUUUGACGAGUUCCAGACUGGUAUCCUGAUCUACGAGCUCCUCCACCAGCCCAACCCCUUUGAGGUGAGUCCGGCCCUGAAGGAGCAGGACUACCGCUGCGAGGACUUGCCAGCCAUCCCAGCCGUGUCGCUGUACUCCGCCGGCCUCCAGAGGCUGGCUCGGCUUCUGCUCCAACCAGACCCCAUCAAGCGCAUCCACAUCCAGGACGCUAAGCGUGUCCUGCAAAGCCUCCUCUGGGGACCCAGGAAGGACCUGAUGGACCAGCAGUGGGAGAGGCACGGGCCGGGCGGUCGUGGCCCGGGGCCAGACGGCGCCCGGCAUGAGGGCCUCCUCAAUUGGCUGGAUGUGAAGCGGGCACUGCUCAUGAUGAAGUUCGCCGAGCGGUCACUAGAACCCGAGCGCAACACCGAGCUGGAGGACUGGCUGUGCUGCCAGUACUUCUCCUCAGCGCAUCCUUUGGCGCUUUGUCACACCGCCGAGCUGCUCUACUCGCUCAAGUAUCAGAGCGCAGGUGUUGCGUGAACCUGACUGAUGUUGUCAUACACUGGUUGGACAAAAGUAUUGAGACACAAGGCCACAAAAUGUGGAGUCCCCCAAAGUUCUGUCUUUGGGUCCCCGCUUGUGUUUAUUCACUGUUUUUGUUUAUAUUUUUUAGGAAGGCAGGGGGGCGUUUGUCUAUAAGUGUGUCAAAUGUCCAAAUUGUGUGGUGCUUUUCUACUUCUUCAAAAGGAGACACUGUGAACGCAACACCCUUUUUAGUGUUACCGACCGUCCGUUUGGGAACUUUUAUCCUGCCACUCUUUCAAACUCGUGAUUGAAAUUCCCAAGAAGCAUUAGGGCCAAGCAAUAAAAUGAAAAGAAAAUAACACUUCCAUAGCAAUGUUGGAAUCUUGUGAUAACGUAAAUUUGUUGUACACACUUAUUUGCAGGGGAUAGGUACAGAGACCUGCUGCAAAUAAUUGACCACCCUGCAAAAAUAUUUUAAUCUUCUGUACAGAUACCACAGGAUGGUGGCAAAGCACUGCUUUUCUUCAGAUAGGGCUAUGAUCUGACUAAAUCGAAAAUCUACGAGUUGCUUGUAGAAUUAUGCAGUGUUUUCCUUUUUCUUUUCAGCAUGGCCCUAAGACUUCUUGGAAUGAAAUCUAAUAGGUAUUGUCAUAUUCGUAAUGUUCGAAGCUGUGUAUUCCGUGCUGUAUUUCAAGUAUUACUUGGUGCAUUGUUUUUGAGGACUGCUGUGUCAUCUAGAAAAUGUAACCUUAUCUGUUGGGAUGGAUUGCAUUCUUAUGUUUUGUUUGAUCGGCUGUACUUUCCGGACAACAUCUUGUGCAACACCUGGCUCACUUGUUCUUAUUGUGUUGAUGCUGUGCCUUGAGUUCCUUGCUUGUGUGUGUGUGUGAAGCCAAUAUGUAAAUAAGGCAGUUUUUUUUUUUGUGAAACUGGAUUUUCACAAACCCAUUUGGUUUUGUACAGUUGAUUGUGAAAGAACCCAAGCAGGUCUUAAUAAAGCCAUGGGAAUGAGAAACAGUUAAAAGUAAUAUUUAUGACGUCAUUUGUUGUAAUCACUGGAAGUUUUUAUUCAUGGCAGCCUUGUUUUGUUGCCAAGGAAUAAACAUUUGAUUCCUAAUAUUCCUAAUAAAGUGCUUGAUGAGAGAUUAGAUAACAGGAUCGCAUGUACAGUAUGUGGUUUAAAACAUGUUUAAAAACAUCUUUUGACUGCUGAAUACGUAUGUGUCUACCAAUAAACUGCCUUUAUUUUCUCACUUCAAA